UGGACCGGCUUGUCAGAUGGUUUGUUGUUGUUCUGUCUGCCAGGUUGAGAGGGGAAUGUGAAAGUGAGAAAUUUAACAAGCUAACCAGGAAACAGGACAGCCAGAGCAAGUCCAAUCCGAUGGAGCUUCAGAAGCCGUAAUUUUCUAUGACAAAAGAGAAGACUUUUUACAGAAGCUUGUCAAGUUCAGGUUUGUUGUCGCUUGAAGAAGUCCUGUCUUUGCAGUGGAGGUUAAAAGGCUGUUGGUUGACAGUACAAUGAGAGAAGAGGUGUCCUGCACCAACUCCCCCGAAGGAGGUCUGGGGGCCAGCGAAGAGGAGCUGGAAAGAGGAUCGAAGAAAACCCACCAGCAAGGAAAUCGAAAACGUUCUCCUUACCCCAAGAAGGACAGCCUCAGCCAGGCAGAGGAGAGCAACACUGGCAGCCCCAAUAGCCUGCUGCCGGCUGGGCCAAAGAGGCCAAAGAAAAGCCCUUCGACAGUCGUGUCAUUGGCCCCCACGUCGUUGGGGCCCAGGCUGGAUCAGCCCUUUGAGGACCUCCACUCUCAACGCGUUAUCGCCAAUGUGCGGGAGCGGCAACGCACUCAGUCACUGAACGACGCUUUCGCUUCUCUACGCAAGAUCAUCCCAACGCUACCUUCAGACAAGCUGAGCAAGAUCCAGAUCCUGAAGCUGGCCUCACGCUACAUCGACUUCCUCUACCAGGUGCUGCAGAGUGACGAGAUGGACGCCAAGCUGGCCAGCUGUAACUACCUGGCCCACGAAAGACUGAGCUACGCCUUUUCCGUCUGGAGGAUGGAGGGGGCCUGGGCCAUGUCCACCAGCCAUUAGGAUCCCAACGAACUUCUCUCCUAAACCCUCUCGUGUCCAAAUCUUCACCCCACCGCCUCUGUCUGUGUUUGCACCCAUUUCCUGACCUCUGAACCUCUGAAUUCUUCCCUGAUCUUAACCUUUUCAUCUCAAACCUUUGCACACAUCGAUCUGUGUACCCCGUAAUGGUUCACUUCUCUUCUCAUCUCGGCCACUAUUAAUUCAGAGUUGGACCUAUGCUACUAAAACCUCUCUCAGUUUUCCCUCCAUUCUUCCCUCUUCCACUGCUCUCCCUUGUCUGUCCCACAGUUUAGUCCAGUGCAACAAGACGCUUCGCUGCAGCCCAUCAGAAAACCGACAAAUGGAAAAAUUCUCUACACUCAAAGAAAAAAUGUGUUCCCGCCUCACCAGACAAUCCCCCAUUUUCUAAUCUUUAAAAAAAAAAAGGUUUAUUUUUUUUUUCUCCUCUUUCUCUGGACACGUGCUCGACUCAUGACACUGAGAUGUAUUCUUGCAGCUUGACUCUCGACGUUUUUUUUUCACUCUGUGUUUCUGAAACGCUGGUGAGGAGACGUGACAGUCAGAUGCUGAACAUUUUGAAUGAUGAAAACAAGAACAAAACAAAACAAAACAGCUGGCCUGCGUUGACAAUGAAACAAAAUGGCUGCUGGUUCGAGUGCCUUGGGUAACACCAUGAUAACCAUCAUCCACCAUGACUCUUCACAUCGGAUGAAUCACUGCCAGACAGACAUUACGAUGACUAAUGAUAAUGGCACAGUGAUGGUUAGAGGGCGGUCACAGCCAAUGAAUGUUUACAGCUAAAAUGCUAAUAAGCUAAUCGCUCUGGCUCUGGAGGCCCCGUCUUGUGGGAAAAAGAGGAGCACGAGGAAUCUGACGCAGAUUUUCGACUUUGUUGUGCUGUAGUAACUGGAUAGCUUUUUGUGUAUUUUGGGUUUUUUUUAAAAGUGUAUCUGUUUGUGAAUUUGGUGUAUGCACACUGUAUUACUUUAACUCUGCUCAUGCAUUACACUUGGCUUUAAACGAAAAAACGUCCAUGGGAAAAUGUCUUAAACCACUGAUCACAGUUCAGCCACUAUUCCAAUUGUGUUUAUCUUCACUUAGCUGUUUUUAGUGAGCGUUGCAGAAAGUCUUGAAAUGCAAGAAAAUCUGAUUCCUGUGCGUCUUUUUCCUGCAGCUUUAAGAUAUAUCAAACUUGCUGUGAGCGUUUUCACUGAAAGAUGCAAAGCAGAAAGCUUCUUGUAAAAUGUGCCAAAGUGCUGAUGAAGUGAUUCCAGCCAUAUUAUAGACCAUAAGUAGUCUAAUUACUGUUUGACAUGUUUCUUUUGUACUGUUGUUUUGCAUUUGCUUUUGAUAACCUUUAUUGUGUCAGCUCCUGUGGACAAUAAAACUUUUCUCGAUGCUGUAUAUGAGUGCGAUAUUUUGAUAACCAAAGGAAAAAUUAAUUAUGUGUUGGCGUUCGUAAUUUAAAUGUGAGGGGAAGCCGUGGAGAAUUUAAGUUCAAAGGAGCGUGCAUUUAGAAAUAAAUAAAUGAGCUUAUUCAAACGUAUAUAAUUUACCUUUAUUAAGGAUUUUUUUUUUUUUGGAAACAAAAAUAGUAGAAAAGACAAAAGGCAGACAAAAAACAAACAAGUCAAUAUGUACACUGUACAGAAACAAAAUCAGAGUCAGUUAGGACAAAACUGGACUUUGCCUGCAGUUUUAAUUAAGAUCCAGUUUGUUAAAGCUACCUUCACACAGGUUGGUCAGCAUGAUACUUCAAGGCACAUGGGCUGAUAAUUUGGUCUCUAAGUACACACAGGGUUCAUUUUGGGGAUUUUCAAAUACAAAAAUAAGUCAUUUGCAUUAAUUAAGACAAAAGAUAAGACGUUAGAUAUGUCAGGUCACUGUCAUAAAUGUUAAAACUACGUAAAGCUACACUCCCCUGUCGGACUGUCAUACACAUAAUAUGGAGCUGAAACCGCUCCACGCUCUCAUCAUUUGUUUUCACAUUUUUAUUACAUUAACAAAGAUUUGACAGGUUUUGAGUUGCACACACAUAAUGCAACGUAAAGAAAUAAAGAAAUAAAAGAGCAAACAUACUGAACUU